AUGGUGUCGCCGCUGGACCAUGGCUAUCGCAAGGUCCCCUUGCAGGAGGACCCAUACUUCGCCCAAAGUGACGAAGAGACCGACUGCAGCGGCUCUCUGAGUGGGAGACCGGGGAGGUUCGAGAGCCAGGACCGGUACAUUAGCGAAGACUUCCUCAAGAAUGACGAGGAGGAGGAGGAGGAGCUGCUGACCUCGGCGGAACGGAAGUCCAUCUUCGCCUUUGUGGAGAUGUGGUGGUUUCACAUGAUCGUGGCCACGGUCAUCGGUUCCAACACCGUGUCGAUAGUCAUGGAGGCCGACACGGAUAACCCCGAGAAGUUUUACUGGUUCGAGCAGGCCUGCCUCUUGUUCUACGUCUUGGAGCUGCUGUGCCGCAUCUGCCUGUGGAAGGGGAAGUUCCUUUGCGGUCCGAGGCGCCUUGUGUUCUGGAGCCUGCUGGACAUGAUGAUCGUGGGUGCGGGGGUCAUAGAUCAGUGGGCCUUAUCUUAUGUUCAGGACCUGGUGCCGGAGGCUUGGGCCAAGAAGAUGGUAAAGAUCCUGAGCAUCAUGAAGCUGCUGCGCCUGCUGCGGGUGCUAAAGGUCAUCGGCUUCGUGCUGGAGUGGGACCUUGCCUGGACGGAGCGGCCGGCGUUCCAGUCCUUCAUCGGCGGAGUGAUUGCGGUGAAUGCCCUGCUCAUGGGCUGCGAGACGGACAUCAACUGGGGAGGUUGGCUGGUGAUCGAGAACGUAUUGCUCAUCAUCUACGUCUUCGAGUUGAUGGUUCGCCUCAAGCGCUUAGGCCUCCACUUCUUCUCCUGCGAGUCACCAGAUCUGACCUGGAACCUCCUGGACCUGGCCAUCGUGCUGAGCUCGGCCGGGGACUCCUGGGCGGUGCCGCUGAUCCACGUGGUGAAGAAGACCUUCAGCGACCCCAAGGCGGCGGGGGCCAGCAAGACGGAGGCCAGUUCGGGCGUGAACGUGGGCCAGCUCAUGAUGCUCAUGAGGCUUCUGCGGCUCCUCAGGAUCUUGCGCCUGGCGAAGCUUGUGAAGUCGGUGCGGCCGCUGUACAUCCUGGUGGUGAGCGUGACCGCGGCGGUGCAGGGGGUGGUCUGGGUGCUGGUGCUCACGGUAGUCACGCUCUAUGCCAUGGGCAUCCUCACCACCCGCCUGAUCGGGCACAAGAUGAUCUUCGACCCGGAAGAGCACGCGGAGGAGCUGACGGCGCCCUUUCGGACGGUGCCCGACAGCAUGUUCACCCUCUUCCGGGUCAUGAGCGGCGCCCAGUCCGACGCUGAGGCAGCAGCUCUGGACAUGAUCAUGGACGACAUCCCCACCUUCAAGUUCGCCUUCGUGUUCUUCAUGGUGACCAGCUCCUGGACGCUGCUCUCCAUCCUCACGGCGGUGGUGAGCGAGAACAUGAUCUCCACCACCUCCGGGCAGGAAAAGGAGAUCCUCCUUAUGUCUGAGGAGGAGGAUCGCAAGAGACACGUGCAAGAUCUCAAGGAGCUCUUCAAGGAGAUCAACCUCUCCGGGGACGGGGUCCUCCGAGAAAGGGACCUUGCCCGAUUCCUGCAGAACAGCCAGAAGGCGCAGCUCACCGCGAAGAUGUGCCGCGUGCCCGCGCGCCACGUGCAUGAGGUGAUGAAGACCCUGGCCAUCAAUAGCGACGUCAUCCGCAUGGAGCAGUUCGUAGAGUGCCUGCUGGAUGUGGGGAACCCGGUGACGGAGAAGUCCACGAUGCGCUUAGAGGCCCUGCACCUGGAAACCAGGACGCAGAGCGCCGGUGCACUGCAGGGCUUGGAAGCAGCUCGGGCCGCAAGCCGCGUCUGA